CAGCCCCUGCCAGCCCAGCACACAGGCUAGUGGGUUACAAAUCCAUGAGCAGGGAUGUUUGUCUAUCUGCCGUAGCCCACUGCCUCCCCGGUUACUGUCGGACGGGGCUCCCAGAGGCUAACGCAGCCCCAGGGCCAGGGCCCCACGUCAGUGUUCACCCUGGAGGAGAUGGAGGCCCUGCUGCUGCUGGCCCUCUCCAUCCUGACCGGUGCCGGCUGCCAGGACUGGGGGAUGACCCUGCCCGUGGGCCCCCUGACCGGAUGGAGCGGCUCAUGCGUGACGAUCCCUUGCUCUUACACCUACCCCGAGGGGCAGCUCGUCAGAGCCGUGACCGGGAGCCGGUACAAGGAGAGAAUUGUGCAGCUCACCGCAGCAGCGGGGCAGGGCUAUGACAAGGCCGAGCGCACCCAGUUCCUGGGUGACCUGCAUCACGACUGCACCCUGCGCCUCAACCCACUGGCGCUCGGCGACGGGGGCGCCUACUCCUUUGAGUUCCAGACCCAGAGCCAAAGCUGGAGAAGCCCCCGAGCCGUGUGCCUCACGGUGUCAGGUAAUCCCCGGCUCCUCUUGCAGAAACGGUUCACCAACAACCCAGCCUGGCCCCGCACGGCGUUAUGUGUGGCUGCUCCCCAGAUGCCCUGCCCCAGAGGUGGCUGCACCUCAGCGCCCAUCGAGCCAUCCCGAAGGAUGGUUGCUGAAAACCUCUCAUAA